AUGCCCCAGGGUGAGAAACCAUUUAAAUGUGUUGAGUGUGGAAAGAGCUUCAGUCAAAGUGGGAACCUUAGAACACAUCAGCAAAUUCACACGGGAAAGAAACCAUUUAAAUGCAUGGAAUGUGGAAAGAGCUUUGGUCGUAGGGACGCCCUUACAAUACAUCAGCAAACUCACACAGGGAUGAAACCAUUUAAAUGUAUGGAAUGUGGAAAGAACUUCAGUCAAAGUGGAAACCUCAGAACACAUCAGAAAACUCACACAGGGGAGAAACCAUUUAAAUGUAUGGAAUGUGGGAAGAGCUUCAGUCAAAGUGGACAUCUCAGAACACAUCAGCAAACUCACACAGGGGAGAAACCAUUUAAAUGUAUGGAAUGUGGGAAGAGCUUCAGUCAAAGUGGAUACCUCAGAACACAUCAGAAAACUCACACAGGGAUGAAACCAUUUAAAUGUAUGGAGUGUGGAAAGAGCUUCAGUCAAAGUGUACUCAGACUGCACCAAAGAACUCACACAGGGGAGAACCCAUAUAACUGUAAAGAGUGUGGAAAGAGCUUCAGUCAAAGUGGAAAAUAUAAAAUCAACCAAAGAACACACACAGGGGAGAAACCAUUUAAAUGUAUGGAGUGUGGAAAGAGUUUUCGUCAUAGUGUAACCUUUAGAAUACAUCAGCGAACUCACACAGGGGAGAAACCUUAUAAAUGUAUGGAGUGUGGAAAGAGCUUCACUUCAACCAAAAACCUUAGACUGCACCAAAGAAUUCACACAGGGGGAACCCAUAUAACUGUAUAG